AUGUUACCAUUUUUUCUUCUUCUUGUCUCUUUGCUUGCAGUACAAUCUCAAGCAGACAAGGUUUUCUUUACACCUGAAGAUGCUGAGAGUUUAUUUGAAGAAUUCAUUGUUAACUUUAAUAAAUACUAUUCCAAUGAAGAAGAGAAAACUUUCAGAUUCAAUGUAUUUAAAGAAAAUCUGAAAAAAAUCAACGAGAGAAAUGCCAAAUCUAGUUUAGCUGAGUACGGAAUAAACCAUUUCACUGAUUUGACGGUGGAUGAAUUCGUCCGUAAAUACACUGGGUUGAGGUUGCCGUCCCAACGUGCCGGCCCCGUUUGCAAGGAAUCAAACCCGUUAGAUGUUACCGGUCAUGCUCCUGAAUCUCUAGAUUGGCGCAAGGAAGGCAAGGUAACAGCUAUUAAGAACCAAGGUCAAUGCGGCUCCUGCUGGGCCUUCGGUACUACUGGUACUCUAGAAGGAGCGUACGCAAUAAAACACAAUACCCUCGUUUCGUUAUCCGAACAACAGUUGGUGGACUGCGACAAGACAAAUAGUGGUUGUUGCGGUGGUUUUUAUGACAAAGCUAUGAUGUGGUUAAUGCAAAAUGGUGGCUCCAUGACGGAAGCAGAUUACCCGUACAAGGCGCAAGAAGGGAAAUGUGCAAAUGAUAAGUCUAAAGUUGUGGUAAAUGUGACAGGUUGCGCACAAUACAUUGAUAAGACUGAAGACGAACUGAAGCAAAUUUUGGCAAAUGUCGGACCUCUCGGUAUUGCUGUCGUCUCUAAUACAUUCCAAGGUUACAAGAAUGGUAUUCACGAAUGCGAUCCAUCAUACAAUGAAAUCAAUCAUGCAGUACUCUUAGUGGGAUAUGGCGAAGAGAACGGCACCCCGUACUGGAUAGUCAAGAACUCGUGGGGUACGGGGUGGGGCGAAGAGGGGUACAUCCGUUUGCCCAUGUACAAGAAUGCCUGCCGCUUGCGCGACAGUGUUUUUUCCGGCAUUGUCGAAUAG